AUGGCGUCAGUUGUUUUCAUCAUACGUGUACCAUACUACGAGGAAAAUAGUAAAAGCUUGAAAAGUGAGUGGGACAGUGAAUCUGAAAGCUCAGAAGGGAAUAAAGAAGAGGAUAUCAAACGACAAACUGAUGAUCAAAAUGUCAAAGAGGUCACAUUUGAAAUUAGUGAGAAUAAAACAGAUAAGGCUUUUCAUCAGAACCAGGCUGAAGUAUAUGGUGAUACUAGUGAGGCAAAUCAGACUGUAGAUGAUAUGGAAAUGUUUACUGGUCACCUGAAUUUGGCCGAGGUAUUUAAUACUCGUAUACGGAUUUGUGAAAUACGUUAUGAAUAUCAUGCACUGGCAUUUGAUUACUGUUACUCCGUUUAAUUUGCAUAAUUUGUUUUGCAUAAUCAGAAAUUACAACUAAUUUCGUAUAAAAAGGUGCUGUAUAAAUGCAUGCCUUAUGUAUGUAUAAUGUAUUCCAAACUGGUUUCUUUGGAUUUUACAUCAUACUGUAUUCCGGACUUCAUCAUGUACACCGCAAUGACUUAUGAACUCUUAGUUUGCGUACCUGCAUGAACCACAAAUACUGUACAUUGCCAGUGUAUCACGGAAUUCUAGGAAUGGGUUUCCCGUCUUCAGUUUUUACUCAGAUCUUUUUGGAUCCCGCUUUACCCUUCGGGGAUACGCUGCUUAGUCCUUCCGGCGUGGUUGUCCAUUAGAGAGGUUCAGACUUCCACUACUCACUACCACUCCCUUUCACGGACAAAAAGUACGGAUCUGAUUGGUUAAUCGGAUAUAUUAUUAAACGCUUUUGAUUGGUUAAUGAGCUCUUAAUGGUAGCAGCUGUGCAUGUGGUAGUGGAAGUCAAAUCUGCAUGAGCCUCUAUGAUGGACCUGUUGUAGGGACCAGGAGGAGCGGAUCUGGUCAUUGUACUAACCCAAAUGGGGCUGAUCAUCACCUGCUAAACAUGAACCCAAUUAUAUUCAUGAGGGCCAGCGCUCUCCCCAUGACGCAUUGUGGCUAAAUAGAUUAAUCUAGCUACUCAUAUCAAGUCUAUCAACUGUCUUGUUUAUUCUUAUGAAAGGUCCUACAAAAUGAACUGAGAUCACUAAAUGUUCAAGGUGAUUCAUGGACAAUCACAAACGACAAGCAGUUUCAUCAGGUACAAGUAUGUUAAGUUGCAACAAAUCAUGUACAAAAUCCUGGUGGAAAAUCUUAAGCUAGUCCUUUUGUGUCAAAACACAAUCCUACUACCAAUUCUAAACCUACCCUAAUCUUUUAGGUGGUAUUCUUAGAAAAGACUGGUGAAAGAGUUGAAAAAUUUUUGGAGAGAUUAACACAUGUUGGUAUUGGAAAGAGACCAAAAUCAUCAGUAAGGUAUUGUUUUCUGGAACUUUUAGUUUUUUUUAGAAUUGGUGGCACAUUGAGUGUCUAUCACCUUGGAGAAUUUACCCCCUUGCUGCAAUCAUCAUUUUAAGUGAUUUUACGUCUUAGCAUCAUUUCCACAUCUGCCCACAUUCAACCUCAAGAAAACAAAAGGACAAGCUUAAGCCGGGUUUACCUCACACCUUUUUUUACCUUUCCUUCCCUGGAAAAUAUCUAUCUAUCCCCUCUCCCUUCUAAAAAACCAACAUACCCAAGAUGCAACAUUAACUUGCAUAAUUUAUGCUCUUUAAUUUUAAAAGCACCAUUGUAUGAUAAUCAAUUAGCACCAUCCCGUCUAAAUUCUGUUCUCAGUCUGACCCUCACCCCUCUUUUCUAAGAUUCACUCAUCUCCUUCUCAUUGUUGAUGUCAUCAUUUUAAGUGACUCUAUGUUUUAGCAUCAUUCCCACAUCUGUCCACAUUCAACCUCAAGAAAACAAAAAGAAAAGGGCUACAAAAUGUGAAAGUAUUCUCACUACAGAAUCUGAAACUGAACCAUUACUUAGUUUGUGAGUUUAAUUAAUAUUUGCAUUUGACAAGUUACUUUAUUGUAAAACUGAACUAACAAUUACUGUGGCAUUAAAAUGUAAAAUAUUUACAGUGAAAAGGAAUCUAUAAAAGACCAGUUCAAAAAGUCGAUAAAAUCAAGAUUGACAGUAGAACAAGUGAGUGUGAAGUCUGUGACGAAUAUCAGUUUCUAUCUCAUUUUUUUUUGGUGCGAAAAUUUUGCACUACUAAUUUUGUUUUAUUACAUACAUGUUUAGGUUGUGGAAAGUGUAAGAAUGCAAGCACAUUUAUCUUUUGAUUUUGUGAUGUUUACCGUGUUAGCCAGGUGAAAAUUUUUAGUCUUUUUAUCAGUACGAUAUAAUUAUAAAUGUCAACUUAGCAAUGACAGCACUUUGUGUACAUAUUCUAUCUGUUAUUCUGUUUUCUCAAUAUAUACAGUUUGAUAGCUGCAGUUGGUUUAGCUGAAGACAAUGCAUGCUGUGGUGAUGGUCACCGGUAUAUUAAUAUCACCACUUAUGGUAUAUGCUUCGAUGUGUUGAUGAAUUCAUGCAAGUGAAUGCUGUUUUGGAUCUCAAAUUGCGUAUCUUUCAUUUUGUAAAAAUUUUCACUCGAACAUAUGUCUUAACUAUAUGUUCAUUGCAAGUAAGAUAUUUUUCAAUAGGGUCCAAUUCUUGGUGGAACAUUUGGGACAGUUUAUUUAUUUUUGGGACAGUUUAUUUAAAUAAAUAAAUAAAAAGUAAGAUAUUUUUCAAUAGGGUCCAAUUCUUGGUGGAACAUUUGGUACAGUUAUAAAGAACAAGAGCUUGAGAAAUACAGCACUUAAAACUGAACUCUGCGGUUUAUUUCUUUCAGUAGUUGUUGGUACAGUUUGCAUUUAGUCUAUUUUGUUGUUAAACUUUUACAAACUUGACAAUUUAGAUACUAGUUUACAAACAACAAUUCACAAAAAAGCUGAUCAGUUGCAACUUUGUUAGGAUUUCUGUUCGGUUUAAUUUGUGGACCGUUUGGUGUAAACGGUGCAUCAUGGGAUAACACGAAGCGUAUUUGGCCUACAAAUGAAAUGACAAGCAGGUGAGACAUGAGUAGUGAUCAUUCCUUUCAAUCGCGUUGGCCCGUGCAAGUGAACAAAAGCAAUCUCAAAAAACCAUGUAUCAUAGAGUACAUUUUCUAAUAUUAUUUCCACUUUUGAACAAUUAAAACUAUUAAAAAGUGUUGAGAUAAAAUGUGUCAGUCAUAAUUUAUUUCAGAAGUCAACUGAAUAACAUAUUGCAAUCCAUAUCUUAUUUCCGUUAUGUAUGACAUCGCAAUAUCAUAUUUAUUGGUGUAGGGGUAUGACUCGUGCUUUGUGGGUUGGUGUUUGUAUCGCGUUACCAUCAGGUGCUGCUGUUGCGUUAUCUGUGUUGGGUGGUAACACUGGUUCUCUGGUGGGUGUGACAAUAUCCGCCUCAUUGUUGGCUCCUGCAGUUAAUUCUGUAAGUUGCAUGGUUGCCGUAGUUUUCACCUAGGGAUGAACAGUGGCAAAUAAAAUAUUGUCUACAUUCAUUAACACUCGAUGUUUAUAACAACUAUUUUGACGUCGACAAAUCAUGAGUGCUGUUGAAUGUGAUUGGCUUCAUUAGUUGAUCAAAUUGAAUGCACAUGGCAGACAAGAAAGUUUUACGUGAGACAAUGUUUUUAUCUGCGCGCGAAUUCGAAUGUUUCAUCCUGAUGCGAUGAUAAAGGCGAGACGGUACAUCAAAAUGAAAUUUUAGGGAGAACACCUGGAGAAUUGGGGAAUUUUUAAGCAUGAAACAUUGGACCAUUGCACAUUCAAAUCAACAUGUUAUCUAUGUUUUUAGGGGAUGUUAUGGGCGUGUUCUAUUAUUUCUGCUAUAAAACCUCCCGAAUUGCUGUACAGUGGUGAAUUCAAUACGUCAACGGUAUAACUGAAAUAACUUGUAAUAUAUAUAUAUAUAUAUAUAUAUAUAUAUUUAUAUAUAUAUAUAUAUAUAUAUAUAUAUAUAUAUAUAUAUAUAUAUAUAUAUAUAUUACGCUCUAUCUAUAUGGUAUUGAGCACUGUUUGUGUUUCGUAAACCAAAAUCUUAAGCUAUAUAUAUAUAUAUAUAUAUAUAUAACGGGAACUUCUCAUUAUAUCACGAGUGACCGUGUUGUGUGAGAUAUAGCUUGUCAGUUGUGAUUUGUCUCGGCAAACGUUUAUACAUUCUUCAAUAAUUUUAAAUACAUGAAUGAUUAUAUAAGUACUUAAUGUUUGUACAAAUCAGCAGAAUUUUCAUGGCACCAGAAUGUGAGAGAAAAUAACCUGGGUACGAGGUUGCGGAAUUUUGUAUCAGAUAUACAAACUCCUUCAUUUGCAUGAUUUCCGUUGUGUUUUCUUCAUGAAUGUUAAUGAGAAAUCCAAGUACUAGCUAAAAUAUGAGCAACUGCAUCUUUAUGGGCAUUUACAAAUGGCGAGCGCGCAGCGUGCGCCAUUGUUAAAUGCCCUUAAUAUGGUUUACAAAUGUGCACAAGUGACCUAAAUAUCGCGUCGUGAUCUAUUUGUAGUCUUACGCCACGGUAUUCAUUAUUCAUGAAUUUUACAAGUACUAUUUAAAAAUUGUCACAACUAUGCAUGAAUUAAUUCCAUUUUGUACUUCAAUUCCAUUCCAUCUUUUUUCAGUUAAAAUGUCCACCGCUCAAAGAUAACGGUUACACACCUACCUACAGUUGUAACAUGGGGAUGGAAUCCGCUAUUCUGGCAAUUAUAAGUUUGGUUUUGACUGUUGAAAAUAUAAUAUGUAUUUUAAUAACUGCUACCCUUGUUUUAAAGGUGAAUACCAACUUUUCUUCUUAUUUUUCUAUUUUUCUUUGUUUAUUCUUUGUCUUGUUGGCGAGUUUCAGUAAGUUUUACAAAGGACAUAGCUGAGACUACUGCGUCACUAUUUGAAACAUGAGCAGCAUGUGUUUUAUCAGAUAUAAAGAUACGAGGCGAAGGCGAGUUUUAGGUUUAGGUCUGAUAAUGACACAAACUGCAUGCGAAUGUUUUAAAUUGCUUCAAAAACGAUCUAGUACCGGUUCAUUGGCGAAGUAAUUUUCAAAAAACACGUUUGUAAGUCGAGAAAAUCAAAGUUAAUGUUUAUGUAAUGUAAAUCGAGGGUAAAAUCUCUAUCUAUACGACAUUUAUAAUUUUUCUUUGUGUUUUCCUCAUGAAUUAUUUAUUAAUGAGUUUUUGAAGUACAAUAUUUAAAACACGCUGAGCAGGAGUGCUUUAUCAUACAUAAAACAUCUGAUAAAGCACGAACUGCAAGCAUUUUAAAUGGCUUAAAAAACGACCCAUCUAAAGAAUUAAUUACCAUAUUGGCGAAGUAAUACGUUGCCGAGAAAAUCAAAUCUAAAGUUUGUACAAACGAACAUGAUUUUUUAUCACAUAUAAAACCAUCGACACAGCAGUGAUUUUCUUUGUCUUUUCCUCAUUAAUUGAGUUUUUUAUAUAAUGUAUACUGACUGAACUCGACUCAACUGGAAUUAUUUCCUCAUUGGUUGACCACCAGCAAAAGCUGUAUUCACGAUAAUGCAUGCAUGGUUAAAUCCAUCUAUACAUAUAACAAUCACAGAUGUUUUAUUUAUUGGCAGAUUAAAGAGGUUGCACCAAAAGCAUCUAGCUCUAAUGCUACUCAGACAUUCUGGACCAAAGAUAUAAAGGUUAUAAUAUUCUUCAUUCACAAAUAUCUUGAUGUUGUUUGAAUGUUUACUCGUCCUGCCCACCCCUCCUGAACAUUGUUGUCAGAAAUGGUUCCUAACAAAUCCUCGGUCGUGGCUGAUACAAGUAGUUACAAGUGCUCAACUAACUAAAGGUUAGUUUUUGGUGAGACCGAGAAUAACCUGAGGACCUGGAGAAAGCCAGAUAAACACACAGGAGAAAAUGAGUCAGAGAACCACUCAAACUUGCACGAGUUUUCAAGUAUGCCGCCAUAUUAAAACAUUUUUUCUUUUAGGUAGCAAGAGAGGCUUACGAAACGGUCAAUAAAAGUUGUCAGGCAUACAACUUUCUUAAAGAGUGGAAAGUGAGUGUUGUAAAAAUAUAACAUGUCAGCAUGUCAAAGGUACAUGCACCCUUUAACACAACAUCCUUGCCUAUAGAAAGACCAACAGGAUAUUAACAUCUUUUGCCAUCGUUUUUUAGAAAGUUCAAGAUCGUUCAAAAGCAGGCUCACGAAACUCCCUUCAAGAGAAUGAAGAGUUUGUAAAUAUAAUCGAGGUAAAACAAGCCAUUGCACUAAACAGCUGACAAUUUUGAUGUUUUCAAAAUUGCAACAGAGAACCUUUUGACGUUGUGAAGUUAUUCAUGACCUCAAUAUCAAAGUGUUUUUGUGAUGGAAUACAAGUGUGUUAUAUUUUCCUAUAGACGUUAAAAUAUGCUUACAUUUUACCUAUAUACUAAUAUAGGAAGUAGAAAGAACGGAGGAAUUUGAAUCAGUGGUGAGGCGAGCCCCGAGAGGAGCACAGAACUUACAUGUUAGUUGAUCUUAUAGUUUGUCUUUAUAUGUAUGCUAGAUAGCUGUAUCAUUCAUUACUAAACAGUUCUUCCUGGAGGUCUUAAGUUCUUACCAUCCUUAAUUGAUACAAUGUCAUGCUCCAAGAGGAAACCUGGACAAAAGCUGCGGUGUUUGAUAAAGUAGAUCGUUAUCAACUUCGUACCCAGGCUAUUUUUUCUCGUGCUCUGGUGCCACAGCCACCUGGGUACGAGGUUAUAACCCCCAACAAGAGUCAUAAGCAAGUGAGGUGAAUUAAACUAUGUAAGUGUAUAAUAAACUGCAUAUCAGUGCAGAAUACUUAGAAUCGAACUUCGAUUUUAAGUCGGCUUAUAAUAACUGCGUGUGCGAUCAACUACACGAUGCUAUAGUACCACCAAUGAUGGUAUUUGGUUCGGUUUUUUCUAAUAAACGAACUUCCAUAUUUGUAGAAAUUUUUGAGACAUGUUAAGAGGCUCGUAUCGAAAGAGGAACCAGAGGACAGUACAGCAGAUAAAGAAGCGAUGAUUUUAAAAAAUACACUGAGAAAUUUACAAACAUACUAUUCACUACAUCCUACAGACAAAGCACACCAGCCCUAUGUUAGCACAAUAUUCAGCGAGUCAGAAGCUAAACCGAAGAAAGGGGUACGAAAAUUUCACGUCGUUGAGACAGAGAACCCACAUCAUACGUCUGUAGUUCGAGUUCAGCCACCAACUGAUGAUUCAAACACGUAUUCUGUAACGACUGAAAGUGGAGUGUAG